GCUGUCGGUGUAGCCCAAGUGAGAUAUGAAAGUAACACACUGCCAGCCACAAGGUCCACAGAACUGUCUGAUGAGGACUUCGGAUGCCUGGAAUUGGCAGAUGGGACAGCGAAGAGGACAGAUUAGAUUCAGCUUGAAGUGAAGAUGUCCCGAGAACAGCUGGUUGUACAACGGGCCAGGAAGUCCUUCCAGACAGGGACAACCAGACCUCUGGAGUACAGGAGCCAGCAGCUGAAGAGCCUGCUGCGCUUCAUCUCAGAGAGACGCAGGGACAUCGCAGAUGCUGCCAGAAGGGACCUCGGAAAGAGUGAACAUGGGACCGAGCUGUUUGAGACACUGGGACUGGAGGGAGAGAUCAAGCUGGCUAUAGCGAAACUGGCAGAGUGGGCGGCUCCUCGGCCGGUAGAGAAGGACCUCCUAACCAUAUCAGAUGAGGUUUAUGUACAUCCGGAGCCCCUGGGAGUGGUGCUCAUCAUCGGGGCCUGGAACUACCCCUGGGCCGUCACCCUCCAGCCGCUGGUCGGAGCUAUUGCUGCUGGCAAUGCAGCAGUAAUAAAGCCAUCUGAGGUCAGCUCUCACUCCGCCAAGGUCAUGGAGGAACUUCUCCCUCAGUAUCUAGACAAAGAUCUGUACCCAGUGGUGACAGGUGGAGUGUCAGAGACCCAGGAGCUGCUGAAGCAGAGAUUUGACCACGUCUUCUACACAGGGGGCAGCACAGUGGGUAAACUGGUGAUGGAGGCUGCAGCUCGCCACCUCACCCCGGUGACCCUGGAGCUGGGAGGGAAGAGCCCCUGCUACAUCGACAAGAACUGUGACAUCACUGUCGCGUGUCGUCGCAUCACAUGGGGAAAGUUUGUCAACUGUGGCCAGACAUGCAUCGCUCCAGACUACAUCCUGUGUGAACCCUCCGUCCAGAGCCGAGUAGUAGAAGAGAUCAAGAAGAGCAUCAAGGAGUUUUACACAGAUAAUCCAAAAACCUUUGAGGACUACGGACGCAUUAUUAACCAGCGGCACUUUAAGAGGGUCAUGGCUCUCAUGGAGGGGAGCACAGUUGCUGUUGGUGGAGACAGUGAUGAAUCCCAGUGCUACAUAGCCCCCACUGUGUUGAAGGAUGUGACGAGGGAUUCCAAAGUGAUGAAGGAGGAGAUCUUUGGGCCUCUGCUGCCCAUCAUCACAGUGAGCGGUGUAGACGAGGCCAUCCAGUUCAUUAAUGAGAGAGAAAAAGCUCUGGUUGUAUACGUCUUCUCCCAUGACAACAAGCUGAUCAAAAAGGUGAUCGCUGAGACGUCCAGUGGAGCUCUGCUGGCUAAUGACUGUCUGGUACACUUCACUGUUAGCUCUCUGCCCUUUGGAGGAGUUGGUAACAGUGGUAUGGGCUGUUACCACGGCCGGCACAGCUUUGACCAGCUCAGCCACCUGCGCAGCUGCCUGAUCAAGCAGCUGAAGAUGGAGGUAGUCAACAGCAUGCGUUACCCACCUCACACCGCCAAAAAGCUGGGCUGGGCUCGAUUCUUUCUGCUCCAGCAGGUCAAUGUGUGCAGGCUGCAGCGCAUGUCAAUGCUGGCCAUGUUUGCUGCCUUGGCAGCAUUUGUGGUGCAGAGAUUCAUGCGACGAGCCAGUUGAACGCUGUGCGGGUGCAGGUGAUUCUGGGACAGCUACACGCUCCUGACCUAUGUGAAAUACAGCGCUGCUGUACAUGGGUCCAUAUCAUUUAUCAUUCAUGUAGACAUAUUUGACUGAUAAAUGUCCUUUUUAAAAAUU